AUGUUCGACACAGACUUUGGCUCAUUGUCAUUGGCGGCCGAAGUAGGAAUGAAUUGGACAACGAGGUAUCUCGACAUCGCUGGAAACGGCUUCAAUCCUUCGCCACGCAGAACCAACGGUGCUUUCGCUAUCACAGCAGACGGAAUCGAUGACACCACCACCGGUUUCGGUAUCCUUUUACCACUUACAAAUUCAAUAAUUUCAUUUUCUUUCUUUGAAAUUAAUCCUACAUAA